UACAAAACCUCCCUCCACUUGAUUAUCUUAUCCUAUAAUCCCCACAAUUGUUGGUUAAGCUAUACCUAUCAUUCUUCCACUAAAAUCUCAUGGCAAAUCCACACCUUUCUGCCAGAAGAUACGGGCAUCACCAAGCACCAAACCUCCAUGCAUUCAUGAUCCAUCGUGGAAGUUGCAGAUAAUUAGCCCUAGCCCAAUGCAAAUUGCACAUGAAAAGAGCAUCCGAAUCCAAUUAGGCAAUUAAGGUAGUCCCAUUCCAUGCUUUCACUUUACUGAAGAAAACAUGACUAAACAGAGCCAAAAGCAAGCCAGUAAACACCCCCUCUUGGGUAUAAGUACGACCUUGGAGGGAGAGCUCAGAUUCCCCUUCUUCCACCUCCACUCUCCAGUCUCUGUCUCUCAUCCUAAUCUUGAUAGUUUAUGGGUGGUUGCUCACUUGCUCCAAGCCCCAAGACUUCUCUACCGUUCAGGCAUUCAGCUCAUCUCUCGCCACUGUGCUGUACCACAGUACUAAACUAGUAGUCCUAGAGCUGGACUGCCGGCACUAUAACACUGCCCUCGCCGUUGCCGAGUAGCACCAAUCAGAGCUACAUUGCUUCAAGAACAUGGCAAUUCAGAGAGUCUGCGUCGUCGUUGCGCUGCUCUGCAUAUGCUUGAGAGAGGGUGGAGCCGUGACAUUCACAUUCGUGAACCGGUGCACGGGGACGGUGUGGCCGGGCAUCCUGUCCAACGCCGGGACGGCCCGGAUCGAGCCCACGGGCUUCACGCUCCCGCCCGGCGCGGCCCGCGCGGUGCCGUUCCCAUCGGGCUGGUCGGGCCGGCUGUGGGCGCGCACGGGCUGCGCGCAGGACGCCGCGGGGCGGUUCGCGUGCGCCACGGGCGACUGCGGCACGGGCUCGCUCGAGUGCGCCGGCCGCGACGGCGCGACGCCCGCCACGCUGGCCGAGUUCACGCUGGACGGCGGCGGCCACAACGACUUCUAUGACGUGAGCCUUGUGGACGGCUACAACCUGCCCAUCCUCGUUGAGCCCGCGGGCAGCAGCAGCAGCGGGACGACGUGCGCGGCGGCGGGUUGCGCGGCCGAUUUGAACAUGCGGUGCCCCGCGGAGCUCAGGGCCGUGGGCGGCGCGGCGUGCCGGAGCGCGUGCGACGCGUUCGGAAAGCCCGAGUACUGCUGCAGCGGCGCGUUCGCGAACCCCAACACGUGCCGCCCCACGGCGUACUCGCAGGCGUUCAAGUCGGCCUGCCCGCGCUCCUACAGCUACGCCUUCGACGAUCCCACAAGCACCUUCACGUGCGCCGGCGGUCGCGACUACACCAUCACCUUCUGCCCCGUCGCCACCCCAAGCCAGCGCGUGCAGUGGUUGAUUACUCGUGAACUUAGUCAUGACAGCGUCUGAGAUUUGCACGCGCGGUUUGGUAAGCAUGGGUCAGCUGCUUGGGGACGCGAGGACGAAUUGGCACGGUUGGUGCCUCAACAGUGAGCACUCCAUGUCACCUUAUCUCGCAUUUAACCACAGAUAAACAUAAGUAAUGGGUGCAAGUGCGAUAUUUUUCCAAUAGGCCAUGCUUCGCUUUCUAAAGAAUACGCCAUGCUGCUGAAAAUGGUAGAAGGCGACAGUGAAAGUGAGGGGUUUGGAAAUUGCAAGAUAAUAUGAUGUAAUGAUUAGGCUGAGUUAGUAGUAUAUAGAGAGUUGGUAGAUGUCUUAUUCAUCUUGCACUUAUAGUGGGUGCUUAACCUGUCGAGGGAGGUUUGACCCUCUGUGGCUUCUCUCUUACUGGCGUCGGUUUGCAUGUCAACGUUGUGUCAGGGGCCCAGAGCAGGCCAGUCAUUUUCUUAUCUUGUGAUGUCAGAAGAUACUAGCCCACGGGGGGUAAGGGCGUCAUAUCUGAUACCUGAUGUCACCAUGACAGUAAUUUUAUUCGACGGAAAGGAUGCAAAGAAAAAGUUCAAAGACAGCCGCUUUCAGUAACACGAAGGCGCUGGAUAA